AUGGUAAUGAAACGAACAAGGCUUACUAAGGACACGCGCUUGCAAAAGAUCAAGAAAGACGCGGUGCGGAUCACAAGGUACCGUUCUCUCACUGACCGUGUGCUUGCUAAUAAGCAGAAUCAUGUUUACAAUGAGAAAACGCUAGCCCAGACAGAACAGCUGCUGGAUAUUAAUCCUGAAUUAUACACUAUAUGGAAUUAUAGGAGAGAUAUUCUAUUAGAGCGGUUUAAAACAUGCGAUUCGGAUGCAAUUCACGACAUUAUGAAGAACGAGCUGGCGUUGAGUGUUGAGUAUUUGAGACGGUUUCCCAAAUGCUACUGGAUUUGGAACCACCGCAAAUGGUGUUUGGAGUACGACUGUCUGACCAAUUGGGACGCCGAGAUGGCGAUGAUUGACACUUUUUUAAAAGCAGACUCACGGAAUUACCACGUGUGGCAAUAUCGACGGUACGUGGUGGACCGCAUGAAACUGGGGCAAACGAGCCAAGAGCAACUGGACACAGAUCUGCAAGAAUUCAAUUACACAACAAAAAUGAUCAACAGAGAUAUCUCCAACUAUUCUGCGCUGCACAACCGGUCGCGGCUGGUGAAGAUGCUAUUCGAAAACUCCCCUGAGUCAGCAACAGUGUUCCAUACGAAAAAUAAAUAUGAGUUCCUUGUCCAGGAGUUCCAGAUGAUGAAAACCGCAUUCUAUACUGAUCCUGACGACUCCUCUGUGUGGAUAUAUCUCAAAUGGCUGCUUGGUGACUACUUUAUUGAUAGCAUCAGCAAGGAACAGGCCCGUCAGGUAGUGGAGACUGCAAUUGCCGACAUUAACGAAUUGAACGAGCUCGAGCUCGAGGACAACGGUGUGGACAACCAGUGGUGUUUGAAAACGCUCGUUUUUCUUGAACAGCAGCUCAGAAAAGUCACCGGCGUGACAACGGGGCAGAAAAAUGCUAUUCUAAAAAAACUCAUCGAGCAAGACCCCAUGCGAAUAAAAAGAUACGAAAAUUGCAUGGAUUGAUUAUUUGUCAAAAGGUCUUUCUGGCCUAUGUUUGCGGUUCGGGUUGUAGGUGUGCUGAUAAUUCUUUUUAAAGGUUUUUCGCGGCGCAGCACGGUUAUUAGAUUGGUACGAAGAGUUCGGAUGCGGACGUGGAGAGGGAUUAUUUGGCACUCCAUGGGCAGGUGGCGCCCUGUAAUUCUUCCCCGUGGGCUGUGUCGGUGCCUGUCUGAGCGCCGCAGCCUUUUGCUGAAUGUACCUCUCCUUUUCGCUCGCGUACUGGCUCACUUCGUCCAGAUACUUUUUCUUGCUGUACAGAAAUCUGACCGAGCCUGUCUUGCCCACGUCGUAGUCGCGCAGUUUGAAGAAAAGAUCUUCAUCCAGGUUCCGGGGCGGUUGCAAGCCAUUGGGUCUGUCGUCCUGGUGCAAGCUGAUUUUGAUGUUGAGAAUAACGUCAUUUAUGAUAUGUUUGCUGUCAGUUCUCAAUUUCAGCUGUUCCAGCGCGUCUCUCAUGAACGACGUCUCGUAACUGUCGAGAUAGUAUUCCAAAAAUUCAUUAACUGCAUUGUUGACCUCGUCCUUACGCGCAUGGACAGCAACCUCGCGCUCAUUGAGCAAACGCUCAACUUUUCUUUCCAUAUUUAGUUCGUUCCAGACAAGCAAGCUGGUGCGCAAUACGACGAUUGCGUUAAAGUUCGAGGGCCAUUGCAGCGGCAAUUCCGUCGCGUACAAGUCAUUCAGCAUCGACCAGCUCAGAAAACAGACCUCUCUGGGGAUUCUGAAGUAUUUGGCGUACUUGAUGAGGAGCUCCUCGAUCAGGAAAUAACGGAAAUCGAAAGCCCCAAAUUCCAUAAACUUUUUCUCCAAGCUCAGAAGUCGUUUUCGGUGUUCGUCUUGCUCCUGAGGCGUAGCCACGAUGCCACGUAAUUUGUAUGCCUCGGAGAUAACCAGGGAGAGUUUCUUGAUGUAGUCGUUUUGUUUGAGCGAAAUGAAAAGCGAGGUUAUGCCGACGUCGUAGUGUGCACUGCCAUACUUGGCAAAGCUGUUAAACAUGUAGAACCGCUGGUAGUAAUAGAAACAGCCCUGCAGAAUUUUAGUGGGGAAUUGGAGCACCUUGAUCAGUUUGCAUAGAAACUGGAAAACCUCUCUUUUCUUGACUUUGUAAGCUCUGGCCAGG